AUGCGCCCCACGGUGAUCUUAUUCGCGGUGUUGAUCAUACUCCAAACCACGAUCGACUGUAACGUCUCUAAUGGCUUCGGAUACGAGAUGCUCAGUGCACGGCUCGAUUCCAUCCAGGGUAUGGAGUCCGACCUGGUCACUUCCAUCAACGACACGCAACAGCAGCUAUCAAAGCUGGUGAAUAUCCUGACCAGGCUUACCCAGCAGCAGAGUGUUUCGGCAGGACAGCAAUCUGUAUCGCUAAUCCCGGGCCAGCCAACAUCGAUCGGAUCGUCCUGCCGGGCACUAACGACGUCCCAGUCGGGAAUGUACCGCAUCGAACCGGACUUUCCGUUUAACGAACCGAUGACGGUGCUGUGCAACCAGGAGUUUAUGGGCGGAGGCUGGACCGUGAUCCAGCGGCGUAUGGACGGAUCGGUGAACUUUAUGCGCGAUUGGGCGGACUACAAGCGCGGUUUCGGGACGCUUCACGGUGAGUUCUGGCUUGGACUGGACAAGAUCCAUCGCCUGACGAACGCGGCGCCUCAUGAGCUGGCCGUGUUGCUGGAGGACUUCGAUGGAGUGAAAUCCAAUGCACGGUAUGACCGGUUCCGGAUCGGUGCGGAAAGCGUCAAAUAUAAUUUGCUGGAGCUGGGCAAAUGUGGACCCUGUCCCGCAGGUGACUCAAUGCGCAUUCAUCUGAACGAAAGCUUCUCCACGUACGAUAACGAUAACAGCAAGGCCUCGUUCAACUGUGCCGCACGGUUUAAGGGUGCCUGGUGGUUCUAUAAAUGCCAUCGCAGUCACCUAAACGGAGAGUAUCUGCGCGGGAAGCUAACGAAAGCUCAGGAUUCGCUGGGUCUCAUGUGGAUAGACUUCCGCGGGGAAAAGUAUUCGCUAAAGGCCACGACCAUGAUGAUCCGGCCGAUCUAGUGAUUCGUUUGUAUAGUUGUGCUGCUCCACGAACCAGUUAGCUGGAAAUAAAACAAAUCAUUUGAUUUCGGAAGUUCCACGUGA